AUGACGAAGCGCACAAAGAAGGUCGGCAUCACCGGAAAGUACGGUACCCGUUACGGUGCCUCGCUCCGUAAGCAGGUCAAGAAGAUGGAGAUCACACAACACGCCCGCUACGUCUGCCAAUUCUGCGGAAAGAACUCUGUCAAGCGUGAGGCCGUCGGUAUCUGGAACUGCCGAUCUUGCCGCAAGACCACUGCUGGAGGAGCCUACACCGUCUCGUAA